AUGACAACACCUGUUAGAAAGGCCACUUUGAACAUUGCUUGCUUGCAAUUGAAUUCUCAACCUUUUCAUCUUGAUGACACAUUACAAAGAGCUCAUAGUUUAUUGACCAAAUGGCAAGCACAAGCUGAUUUUAAGAAGCCAGAUAUAGUGGUUUUUUCAGAGUUUGCAUUGACAGGCUAUAAUUUCAACUCAAGAAAAGAGAUUCUGCCGUAUACGGAGACUUCUAAUAGUGGAGUAUCAUUUGAAUUAGCCAAGAAAAUUUCAUUGAAAUUUGGUUGUUAUACAAUUAUCGGCUAUCCAGAAUAUCAUAAGAACAACAAUACUCCCAAUAAUAGUAAUAGUAACAGUAAUGGUAAUAGUGCAAGUAUUAAUACUAGUAAUGAAAUGACAAAUAAUCUAGAUAAAGAUAAUGCUAUUUUAUAUAAUUCAGCAAAUGUAGUCUCGCCCAAGGGUCAUUCAAUCUUCAAUUAUAGGAAAUCUUUCUUAUAUGACACUGAUUACCUUUGGGGGUGUCAAGAAAACCCAAAUGGGUUCCAAUCAUUAAAACUAGAAUUUCCAUCGAAAAAUAUUUCCAUAAACACUUCUUUUGGGAUUUGUAUGGACUUAAAUCCUUAUAAGUUUACGGCGCCAUUUGAUGCCUUUGAAUUUGCCAAAUUUAAUGUUGAUAAUAAGAUAGAUUUAAUCAUUUGUCCAAUGUCUUGGUUACAUUCUUACUCAAUAACUAAUUUUUCCAAACCAGAGGAUAUUAAUUUUGAAGAAAAAAGGAUUCUCCAAUGCUUAUCGAAAGAAAAUAUUCCGCACAAAGGAAUCCAAGAUGAAAAUAAAUUCCAGUUUAAUUUACUUCAUAGUUCUUCAAGCCUAGAAUCGGUCGAUGAAUAUUUACAUAUGAAUAAACCUGAUCUCAAUAAUAUGAAUUAUUGGGUAUAUAGAUUAUUACCAGUAAUUGAUUCAAAACGAGAUGUAUCUGUUGUUUUUGCUAAUAGAUCAGGCAUAGAAGAUAAUAAUACAAUUUUUGCUGGCUCUAGUUCGAUGGUUUCAUUUGGUGAUAACGUAAGAGUCUGGGGUGCUUUAGGGAAAGGUGUGGAAGGUGUAUUACAAAAAGAUGUUCCAGUGCAAGGCUGUGAAAUUAUUUCAUAA